UCGGAGCACGGGAAGAAGUAGCGGGGCUCGCUCACGCUGUCUGCUGGCUAACUAUCGCUCGCUCGGAGAUCAUGGCUGCUUCAAAGCCAGUCGAGCCACAGACCGGGACCGGACUGCCCCGCUGGCAGCUGGCCCUGCUGGUCGGGACUCCCAUUGUGUUGGGAGUUGGGGCGGUUUACCUCUGGAACCGGAGCCGGACGAAAAUAAAGAAAGGGACGGGGGAGAGGAAAACACCUGAAGGCAGCGCGAGCCCCGUCCAGGGCCAAGACGGAGCAGCACGAGCCAACCGGGAGCAGGAGAACAUGAGCCCCUUGGAUCGGGCCCAAGGAGCCAAAAACAAGGGUAAUAAAUACUUCAAGGCUGGAAAAUACGAGAACGCCAUCCAGUGCUACACAGAGGCCAUCGCUCUCUGCCCCACAGAGCAAAAGACCGACUUAUCAACAUUUUACCAGAACAGAGCAGCAGCCUACGAACAGUUGAGUAAAUGGACAGAAGUAGUGCAGGACUGCUCUCAGGCUGUGGAGCUGAAUCCACGCUACGUCAAGGCUCUUUUCAGGAGAGCCAAAGCUCUGGAAAAACUGGACAACAAGAAGGAGUGCCUAGAGGACGUCACAGCGGUGUGUAUUCUCGAGGCCUUCCAGAACCAACAGAGCAUGCUGUUGGCAGAUAAGGUGCUGAAGCAGCUGGGGAAAGAGAAGGCCAAGGAGAAAUACAAGAACCGGGAGCCGAUGAUGCCUUCUCCUCAGUUCAUCAAGUCUUACUUCAGCUCGUUCACAGACGACAUCAUCUCACAGCCGCUGCAGAAGGGAGAGAAGAAAGAUGAAGACAAGGAUAAAGAGGGAGAAGCAGCUGAGGUGACUGAGAGCUCUGGCUACUUGAAAGCAAAGCAGUACAUGGAAGAGGAGAACUACGACAAAAUCAUUAGUGAAUGCACCAAGGAGAUCGAGUCAGGAGGUCGAUACACAGCUGAGGCUCUGCUGCUUAGAGCCACCUUUUACCUGCUCAUCGGUAACGCCACAGCUGCACAGCCAGACUUGGACCGGGUUAUCAACAUGCAUGAUGCCAAUGUGAAGCUUCGAGCCAAUGCUCUGAUCAAGCGUGGGAGCAUGUACAUGCAGCAGCAGCAGCCCCUGCUCUCCACUCAAGACUUCAACAUGGCAGCUGAGAUCGACACACGCAACCCUGACGUCUAUCACCACAGGGGUCAGCUGAAAAUCCUGCUGGACCAGGUGGACGAGGCCGUGGGAGACUUUGAUGAGUGCAUCCUGCUGCGGCCUGACUCCGCUCUCGCUCAGGCACAGAAGUGCUUUGCUCUUUAUAGACAAGCAUAUACUGGAAACAAUCCAUCACAAGUACAGAAAGCCAUGGACGGCUUUGAGGAUGUUAUCAAAAGGUUCCCCAAGUGUGCCGAGGGCUACGCUCUUUACGCUCAGGCUUUGACUGAUCAGCAGCAGUUUGGAAAAGCAGACGAGAUGUACGACAAAUGUAUUGAACUGGAACCAGACAAUGCUACUACAUAUGUCCACAAAGGUUUGUUACAGCUUCAGUGGAAACAGGACCUUGACUUGGGCCUAGAACUUAUCAGUAAGGCCAUUGAAAUCGACAACAAAUGUGACUUUGCCUAUGAAACCAUGGGAACCAUCGAAGUUCAGAGGGGCAACCUGGACAAGGCAAUCGACAUGUUCAACAAAGCCAUUAACCUCGCUAAGUCAGAGAUGGAGAUGGCCCAUUUGUAUUCGUUAUGUGACGCGGCGUACGCCCAGACUGAGGUGGCGAGGAAGUAUGGGCUGAAACCUCCGACACUGUAACUCCUCUGCCAACUAAUCGCCAAUCUCACUGCUCAACCUAACCGUGUUCAAGUGCAUCUGUCUAUUCGAUUUGUAAAACAAAGAAGUAUUUGGUUAUAUGAGAGAAAAAAUGAAGAGCCUGAAUAUAUAAAGUGUUUACAGCACAUUAUCAGAGAGAGGAGGCUUUAUAUCAGCAGCAUGAGGCUGUGAUGCAGGUUUGAUGUGUCAGAGUGGCGAGUUUAACCAGAACAUCAGAGGAUGAUUGUCAUCUAAAGAGAGAAAUACAUGAGUUAUCAUGUAAAGCUGUUUGAACGAGUAGAAUCGAUGUGAGAAGAUUGCAAUGUGCGCAGUUUGUUCAACCUAUUACUGACUUUGAGGCUUUUGUGACACUUUUCAAUCUACAGAAAAUACUGUGAGAGCUUUAUAUAGUUCUAAUGGACUGUUCACCUGUUAAUUUAUGCUGAUUUAAAGUGGUUCUGUCCAGCUCUUUCCACAUUGUAACAUACUCUAUCAGUUCCAAAUGCAAGAGAAUAAUUAUAGUCUAAAAUGUAAUGUUUGUGUUUGUAAUGCUGGAAUUGAUCCCAUUGAGUCGGGGAAACAGAGAGGUUAGCUUAGCAUCCUAGAGUGUUUUUUUUUAAAGAUGGGAUUGCUUGUUUUCUUUUUUUACAAACUGUGCAGCAUGUUGACUUUAUAAAUACAUGUACAUGCAAUGCUCGUGCUGUCUUGAACACUAUGAAAACCUAUGAAAGACUUUGGGCAAAAAACAACUUUGGAUUAGAAACCAACUUAACAUUUUUAGUGUUUUUUUUUCGUCAAAUUGAAGAUGUCACAAGGGAUUGAUAUCAAGUGUUUUUUUCCUAGCUCACUUUAAUUGAGAACCAUGAUUUGUUUUCUAUUUUAUUGUCAAAUGUUUAUUUUUCAUGCUACGUUUGGUUUCAUAUUUUCAGAGUUACCCUAGGAAUGUUUUAUUUUUUUCUCCCCUUUCAAUUAUGUCACAGCUCAAGCCUUAUUAUUUUUAAAGACCACCCUCUGCAGCCAGAAGAUUCUCUUGGUAAAGUGCAUGAUUUGGUUCCUAAGUAGCAACCAUGCCGUCAAAUGAAGGUAAAAUUAGCCACCACUGCUAAAUGUUUGUACUUCAGAUACUCGUCAUGUACCAGUCGCUCAUGUAGCAGCAGUAAUGGCUACGUUUUAUCGAUGUGUGGUAUGACACGGAAACAAAUUGUGCAUUUCAGCUGCAGUUGAGGAAGAAUUCUUCAGGAAUCAAACAAGAGUUUACCUUUGAGGAACUGAUGUAACAUCAGCAGAUAUUUUGGCUGUUUGAUAGGAAUUAUACUCGACAUUCUUCAUCAACAACAUGUAUGGUGACCAAAGUGACAGAAAAUAUGUAUCCUAAUAAAGUUCCUGGAAUAAA